AUGUUUUCCAAGGUGAGUGCGCUAGUGCUGGUGGCAGCCAUCUUUUUGCCAGAAUGCACUCCAGCCCCUGAUAAGAGACCAGAACACAGCUAUGGACCUCCAGCACCAGCACCACCAUACCAAAGCCCUUAUGAAACCCAACAGCCAUCAGUUCCUGUGGGCCAGUCCUCAGUUCAAGCUAGUCUACCAGGGGCACAGUACUCUUACCAAUUCCUUCCUCAGCAGCAGACUCAUCAUGAGCAGCAGCAAAAAAACCAAGCUACUUCAGAGUAUCAGGGAGAAAAGGUGUCCAAGGAAGAAACUGAAAAGCUGCAUGCAUCUGCCAUUGCACAGCAGAAAGAACUUGAGGCUCAGCUGGCUGCCUUGAUUAGUGGAGGUGGUAGCAAGNAAGGAUCAGCCCAAGUUCAGCAAACAGGAAGCUUGGGUUAUUCUGCAAGCCAGCAGGCUGCCUCUUCCUCCAGCAACCAGCAACAUGUUGCUUCUAGCAGCAGCCUUGGGUCUUCGAGCACUCAUCAGCAGUCAGGUUAUGCUGUCCAGGUGUCACAGGAAGGACCAGGAGUAGCUGUUAAUUACGCCCUACCAAGUGCUUCAAUUUCCCAAUCUGCAGCAUCUGGUGUAGUGACCGAAUACAAGGGAGAGAAAGUUACUAAGGAGCAGACUGAACAACUGCAUGCUGAGGCAAUCAAGAGACAGCAAGAAUUCACCCAACAACUGACUUCAGGGGUGUCUCAAACUGUUUCCAAUUAUUCUCCAGAAGACUCCCAGGAUCGCAAGGAGGAACAAGAGUUGCUUGAUAGGCAAAACCAAGAAGUUCUGGAACAAAUUGCUCUUGCAAAGGCCCAGGGUCAAGAAGCAGAAGCUCAGGGGAAGCUUGAAGUGUCUUCAGGCAGUGCAUCCUUGUCUGCAUCAGGAGGCUCUCAGAGUUAUCAGACUUCAUCAAGCAGCAUAGCCUCUUCUGCAGGAGCCUCUCAGGGAUAUCAGACUUCAGUCUCCAGCUCACUUUCAGCUUACCAACCACCUGCACUCACUCUUAGAACUCAACAAGAGCAGCAACAGCAGAAAUACACAGGCCCCUUAGUGAGCAAGGAAGAAACAGAAGCCCUUCAUGCAGAUGCCAUCAGUAAGCAGCAGGAGAUCAUCUCAUCUUACAAAGCUUUCAUCAAUGAACAACAACAAGGAGGAUCAGCAGCAGUAGCUCAGCAGCAAACCUUCUCAUCCCAAAGCUCCCAACCUCAGCAGCAGUACUCAUUCAGGACAAUAAGUCAGCAGCAAUUCCAGCCAGGACAAGUUCAAGCUAUGCUUGGGGAGAUCUUACCCAAUGGAGCAGGCAUCCGGAUUAUUGGGCCUGUUGUGACCAAUUAUCUUCCCUCUGGGUAA